CAGUGGUGAAGUCCAAAGGAAGCUGCAGAGACGGGCGGAUGCCACUGGGCCCCAUGGCUGAGGAGACCCCACAGGAGACAGGGCCGGGGGACAGGGCUGCUCCCCAGGAUGUCUCGGGCCUCCAGGACAGCGUGUUCUCCUCUGAAAGUGACAACAGCCUGUACUUCACCUACAGUGGCCAGUCCAAUACCUUGGAGGUCCGAGAUCUCAGCUACCAGGCGGACAUAGCCUCCCAGGUGCCUUGGUUUAAGCAGCUGUCUCACUUCAGGAUGCCCUGGACAUCUCACAAGGACUCUUGUGAGCUGGGCAUUCAGAAUCUGAGCUUCAAAGUGAGGAGUGGACAGAUGCUGGCCGUCAUAGGGAGCUCAGGCUGUGGGAGAGCCUCUUUGCUGGAUGUGAUCACCGGGCGAGGCCACGGCGGCAAAAUUAAGUCAGGCCAAAUCUGGAUCAACGGGCAGCGCAGCACGCCCCAGCUGGUGAGGAAGUGCGUGGCCCACGUGCGCCAGCACGAUCAGCUGCUCCCCAACCUGACCGUCCGCGAGACGCUGGCUUUUGUUGCUCAGCUGCGCCUGCCCAGAGACUUCUCCCAGGCCCAGCGUGACAAAAGGGUGGACGACGUGAUCGCGGAGCUGCGUCUGCGGCAGUGCGCCAACACGCGCAUGGGCAACGCCUACGUGCGGGGCGUGUCCGGGGGCGAGCGGCGCAGAGUCAGCAUCGCAGUGCAGCUGCUGCGGAACCCAGGAAUCCUCAUCCUGGAUGAACCCACCUCUGGGCUCGACAGCUUCACGGCCCACAACGUGGUGAAAACCCUGUCCAGGCUGGCCAAAGGCAACAGGCUGGUGCUCAUCUCCAUCCAGCAGCCUCGCUCCGACAUCUUCAGGCUGUUUGAUUUGGUCCUGCUGAUGACGUCCGGCACCACCAUCUACUUGGGGUCAGCCCAGCACAUGGUCCAGUAUUUCACGGCAGCCGGCCACCCCUGUCCCCGCUACAGCAACCCUGCCGACUACUAUGUGGACCUGACCAGCAUCGACAGGCGGAGCAAAGAGCAGGAAGUGGCCACCAGGGAGAAGGCUCAGUCCCUUGCAGCCUUGUUUCAAGAAAGAAUACGUGGCUUCGAUGACUUUCUGUGGACAGUGGAGUCAAGGGAGCAGGGUGUGGGCACUUACAUGCGGAGCCCGGCUUCCCCGAGGGACACCAACCCCUUACAGACUCCCACUAAGCUGCCUGGCCCCCUACAGCAGUUUGACACGCUGAUCCGUCGUCAGAUUUCCAACGACUUCCGAGACCUGCCAGCCCUCCUCAUCCACGGGGCAGAGGCCUGCUUGAUGUCCCUGAUCAUCGGGUUCCUCUACUAUGGCCAUGGAACCGUCAAGCUCUCCUUCAUGGACACGGUGGCCCUCUUGUUCAUGAUCGGAGCUCUCGUCCCUUUCAACGUGAUCCUGGAUGUCAUCGCCAAAUGUCACUCGGAGAGGGCGUUGCUUUACUAUGAACUAGAAGAUGGGCUGUACGCUGUGGAGCCAUAUUUCUUUGCCAAGAUCCUAGGGGAGCUUCCCGAGCACUGUGUCUAUAUCAUCAUCUAUGGGAUGCCUAUCUACUGGCUGGCCAACCUGCGCCCGGGCCCCGAGCCCUUCCUGCUGCACUUCCUGCUGGUGUGGCUGGUGGUCUUCUGCUGCAGAACCAUGGCCCUGGCCACCGCCGCCCUGUUGCCCACCUUCCACAUGUCCUCCUUCUUCGGCAACGCUCUCUACAACACCUUCUACCUCACUGGGGGCUUCAUGAUAAGCUUGGACAACCUGUGGACAGUGCCCGCGUGGAUUUCCAAGGUGUCCUUCCUCCGAUGGUGUUUUGAAGGGCUGAUGCAGAUCCAGUUUGGUGGGCACACAUAUCACCUGGCAGCUGGCAACAUCACCAUCCCUAUCCCAGGAGACACGAUCCUCAACGCCAUGGGCCUGGGCUCAUACCCGCUCUACGCCAUCUACCUCUUCAUCAUAGGCAUCAGUGGUGGCUUCAUGGUCCUGUACUAUAUGUCCUUAAAGUUCAUCAAACAGAAGUCAAGUCAGGACUGGUGAUUCAUGCCCAGACUCCUGCCCGCCGGUGGGGGACUCGAGAAGGCCCUUCCGCUGCAUUCCCUCCCAAGGAGCCCCUUCCCAGGCACAAGGAGGACCGUGAGAACACAAAGCUCAGCUACAUCCUGUCCACAGUGCUGCAGUGGCACAGGCUGGCCACAGGAUGGCAGUAGAAUAAAGACAGUCGAAAGAUAUUUCUGAGCCCCGGCCAGAGCUU